CGCGAGUGCGCGGAGGGUGGAGGGGUGGUGGUGGUGGUGCCCCCGUGAAAACGAAUAGCGGUGACGUUACAUCAUGAGCCGCGCCGUGUUGUCACCAGCUGUUGUCUAGAAGACGAAGGUGGAGAAGUGUUUGUGUGUUUCUGAUUGUGUGUCCGCGCACAGCACAACACCGGAGCGGGAGCGCGGAGCCCCGGACAGACGGUUACCGGAUGACCGAUCCAAAACACCGGAGCCUCGCCGGUCUCACAGUGACAGUAUCAAUUACAUAACCGGAGGCAUCGAUAAGACAGAAACUGUGAUAACGGACUAGUGCCCGUGCAGGUCGGAGUUGAAGCCAUUUCUGUCUGCACAGACAGAUAAUCACGUCAGCACAGUUCAGAGUAGGAUCAUUUACUGUCUGUACUUUGAGUGCUUUUGAAGUGGCACCACCACCACCACCGCCGCCAUCAUGAACGUGGGCACGGCGCACAGCGAGGUGAACCCCAACACUCGAGUGAUGAACAGCAGAGGAAUGUGGUUGUCGUACAUCUUGGGCAUCGGCCUCCUGCACGUCAUCCUACUCAGCAUUCCCUUCGCCAGCGUACCCGUGGUCUGGACGCUCACCAACCUCAUUCACAAUCUGUGCAUGUAUCUCCUGCUUCACACGGUCAAGGGGACUCCCUUUGAGACCCCGGAUCAGGGAAAGGCUCGCCUCCUCACACACUGGGAGCAGAUGGACUACGGUGUGCAGUUUACGGCUUCACGCAAGUUCCUCACCAUCACGCCUAUUGUCCUGUAUAUACUCACCAGCUUCUACACCAAAUACGACCGGGUCCAUUUUGUGGUCAACACUGUUUCCUUGCUCACUGUACUCAUCCCCAAGCUGCCCCAACUGCACGGUGUGAGGAUCUUUGGGAUUAAUAAGUACUGACAAGGCGGAAGAGGACACCUCCUUCCCUAAGUCCCCACGGACUGCUGAGAGCACAAAGAGUAUCAGGCCUCUGAUUUGGCUGCAGAUCCACGAGGAUCCGUGGCUCUCGACUCUGCUGAGCAGCACUCUAAAUGAAGCCUGCUGGGGAUACUGCCAUGGCACCAAACCCCAGGAAAGAGACACAGUACACUUUAUAGAGAAGACAAAGGGAAAGUGUAUCGUAGUGACUGUCUGUGGCUCUUCUAAGAGUCAUGGGUUUUUCAGAGACAUUUGUAAAAAGGGAUUGUUAUGUCCAUUUCUGUAGGAAUGAGCGUUUUCUGAUGUGACAGGUGUCGGAGGGCGAUAGAGGACGAUGUAGUUGCACAAAUAUCACGUGCCAUUUUACACCCGUUGGCACAUUUAGGCUGUAGUCAAAAGUGAAUUUUGUUUGUAAUGAUACAUUGCUGUAUUUAUUCAGCUUCACUCUCGACGAGGAGCUUCCUCUUUCUUGAGGUUUGUGGGGGAGAGUAACAAGGAGAGUAACAGCACAGUGAAACGCUGAAGGACCGGUGAACUGCAGCAGAGGCGAGACAUGAGAAACCACAAAGGUUUUAUAUUUAGCCCUCGCUGUUCCUCCUCAGGGCCAAGAUUGGAAAGUUAAGCAAUCCUUUUAUUUUUAUCUGACCAUUCCCAUAUUUGGACUUCUCUUGUCCUGGUUUGUGUCACACAAAAAAACGCCUCCUGUCGGUAAAUCGUCUGGCCUGCGUGCUGAAAGUAUGCGCAAGAGCGCCCUGCUGAUGCAACAACAAUUCUGCAAUAUGAAUGAAGAGAUAAGUAUUUCUGUGCUUACACAUUUCAUAGUUACACCACACAUGCUUGUCACUCUAUAAACAGACUCAGGACCCCAUUACAUUAGCAUGAACCUGUUAUUUCUGCUGGAGGCAAAUCACACACCGAGUUGCAGGGUUGUUAGGUACGCCUGUGCAGGAGCCUUACAUUGAAUCAUGAAAUACUCAAAGAUAUUUCUAAUGUUUUGUACAGGGCUGAAUGUAACAUACAUCUCUAAACAACAAAAUAACAACAGAAUAUAAAAUUUAAAGCUUUUUUUGCCAUUAGGGGACACCAAACAACCUUAAACUCAACAACUUAGACGUUUUUGUAGUGAGUAUGUUCCCCAAAAUUGCUUGACUAUUGACCAGCAUUAGUUUGUGUUAUGGAGCUCUUUAGCUGCUAAAGGCUUGGCUACAUUUUUGUCAGCUGUUUCUUUUUGCUGAAAACAGCUUCCUUCCGGAAAAACGAGGUUUAUAAAAUCAGAGUUUGUGAACCGGAACACCAAAACAAUGAGCUGAAAGACACUUUAAAAAAAAGCUUUGUAGAUCUGAGUAAGUGAGAAACUUUUCUGUGGGUUUGCAGCUGAGCAAACCUUCACACUGCACAGUGAUUCGCUCCGUCGUUAAUUUCUAAAAAUUGACUCCAGUGCAGCUUUAAGAUCGAUUCUGUUCCCAAACAAAUAAAUUUGUUUUACUAAACACAGACACAUGAUUUGCAGAGCCCAAGUCCAAAGUCCAAAGAUCCAAAUCCAAAUCUUUCACAGACAUUUUCACCCUGUUAGAGUAUUUUAAGCAUCCAAGGAAGUUAAAAAAAAGUGUGAGUGUCGUUACAAAGCUGCUUCAUAUCAGAGUAAAAAUGUCUAAAAGGUAAAAUGAACAUUUUUGUUUUAACGUUUCAUAAACUGCUAGCCUAAUGCUCGUGUAUUGUCUUUUUAAUCGUACUUGCCAGGUGGAAGGCUGAAGUGUCCAUGAACCAUUUCACCAUAUCACAUUGAGUUAGUUUUUUAAUGUGAAGUAAUAUUAUUAAAUUGUAGCGUGCAAAUAGCUACUUUCACAGUGAUUCAGUCUUAUUCUUUGACAUGCUGGUCUUGGUUCUUGAUUCAACUUCAUAAAACCACAAUUUGAGUUAGAACGAUGAGCCAAAACUGUACGUAGAUCUCCUACAAUGUGACAUACAGACAGCAGAUUAAUCUUAGCACAAACAUUAUAAUGCAAUAAAGGUAAAAAAAUAAUGUUUCUGCUCUUUCACUGAGUUUUACGACACCAAACACUUUCUAUAAAAAAGUGUUGUCUAACUAGAAGACUGCUUUUAAAGCAGCGAUCUUGAAAAUCUUGACAGUUUACGGAUGUUUGCUCGAACCGUGUUGUGGCACCACGUUUCACUUUCAGCAGUAGUGAUAGCAGUAGCCAUAGUAGCAUAAAUAUGAAUAUCACUGACAGUGGAAGAAGUAGCAAUAGAAGUAGUGACGAUACCGGUUUCGUCUUUUAAGGUAGAUGAGAGACGAGUUUUGAUCAAAUUCAAUUAUAGUGAUUCAUGUUUUUUAUGAACUUUUUGCUUUUCACAGAUUGACGUAUUGAAUUGGCCUGAUUUUAAAACUGAUUCAUUGAUCCAAACAAUGACAAACAUCGACCAAAGAACCCAAAAAAAACCACACGUGGAUUUGUAAAUACGAGCUGAUCUGCCACAGCUUUCAUUUCUUCAUCACAAUGUUUCUGUCACCAUAAAGGGCUUCUCUUCAAGGACAUGCUGUACGUCAUAGCACAAAGUGAUAAUGCAUCUGUUGUUGUUUUUGAAAGAAGGUUGAAUUUUGAAUGUUGAUUACGUGUCAAACAGUUUGCUCACGGCGUCUGUUUGUUGAUCAGUGUACUUUGUUUUUUUGAAGGAAAUGUUAAUGUGAUCUCUUGUAAGAGUGUUUGACCCAAAAUACAGUAUUUUUCAAGUAUCCUCUCAAAA